UUGUGAUUUCGUACCUACUUGUUUUGUUUACAAUCGUAGGUUAUUUUGUUGACCUCUAUUUAGUUACCAAAAUAAUUUUGUUGUUUCAAACAGGUAAAUGUAAAAAGCUUUAACGCUAAUUAUUGAACUUAAAAAUUACACUAUGUUUGCAUCUUUGAGAUGUGUACCGUUGACACGGAACUUUAAACACCGUGUAGUUCUUCCAACAUGCAGUCAGAAACGAUACUUUUGGGAAUACGUCAAUAUGAUGUUCAAUAAGCCUGAUGCUGAACGUUUGAAACAGCUCGGUCCAGAUAGGACGUGCGCAGAAUGGGUGCUCCGAAACGGCGGCGCUGUGGUCUGGUCCGGGGGCCGGCGACAGACAGACUAUAACUCUCUACCGCCAGAGAAAGCAGCUGUGCCAAAACUUGUUGAAAUUGAUGGCUCUGGUUCUUCAAUAUCACAUUAUGGGUUUUCUCAUCUGAGUGGAUGCACUGAGCUGAAGAAAAUCAUUUUGCAUGAUAACAAAUACAUUGAUGAUAGAGCUAUGGCAGGACUGGAGUAUGGCAAAUCAUCCCUCACACAUGUACAAGUAUCUGAGUGCCCAAAUGUCACAGAUGCUGGGCUUAAACAACUGAAAGUACUGGAUAAACUGGAAACUUUAGUAUUGUUCAAAUUAUUAAGUGUGGAUAACAUGGAUGAAUGUAAAAAGUUUCUAAAAUCUCACCUUUCAAAAUGUAAUAUACAGUAAGAUCUGGCUGUAAAUAUAGUAUUCCUUUUACAUGUAUAGUAUUUUGAUAUUUACUAAAACCAAAACUAAUUAAUUAGAAGU